GGGUUGCUUGCUUGCUUGCAACCGGGCCCCAAGGGGGAGAGGCGGGGAGAGGGAGUGUCCUUUCCCCGCGUGUCCCCUCCUUCUUUCGGGGGAGGAGAGAGGAGGAGGCCGGCGAGAAGGAGCAGCAGGAGGAAGUGGAGGCGUCGGCGGGGAAGGAUCGCGCCCCGAAAGAGAAGGAGAAGGAGAGAGAGAGAGAGAGAAGGAGGCUGCUUUGCUUUGCCUUGCCUCUCAUUGCUUGCCUCGCCUGGCCUCUCCAAGGGCCUCAGCCAGCCCAACAACUCCCCAAGUUUUCCUGAUGGCUGCAGAGGGGCUUCUCUUGGGCUCCUCCAGAUCCAAAGCAAAGGAAUAAUAACACCCCCCUUUUUGGAAGAAAAAAGAAGAAAUAAAUCCCCCCUCCAAAUAACCCCAAUGGCAGGGAAAUCUUAAAGAGAGACCUUUUUUCCCCAGCAACCUAAGAAGAGGACAGCACACCAAUCUCUCCCUUAGUUGCAUUCUUUAUUAUUAUUUGUUGAUAUUUUUUGUUUUGCUCUGGAAGAGAAGAUGCAGACCUUUCUGAAAGGGAAGCGGGUGGGCUAUUGGCUGAGCGAGAAGAAGAUCAAGAAGCUGAAUUUCCAAGCCUUUGCAGAGCUUUGCAGGAAAAGAGGAGUAGAAGUGAUACAGCUUGACCUUACCAAACCAAUAGAAGAUCAGGGCCCAUUAGAUGUGAUCAUCCAUAAACUGACUGAUGUCAUCAUUGAAGCUGACCAAAAUGAUAGCCAGGCACUGGCAUUGGUUCAUAGGUUCCAGGAGUAUAUUGAUGCUCAUCCGGAAACCAUCAUUCUGGACCCUCUGCCUGCUAUCAGGACGCUGCUGGACCGAUCAAAGUCUUAUGAACUUAUUAGACAAAUAGAGACAUACAUGCAAGAUGAAAGAAUCUGUUCACCGCCAUUUAUGGAGUUGACAAGUGCAUGUGGAGGAGAUACCUUGGAGCAAAUAGAAAAGAAUGGAAUUGCAUUCCCAUUCAUUUGUAAGACAAGAGUUGCCCAUGGAACCAAUUCUCAUGAGAUGGCUAUCAUAUUCAACCAGGAAGGCUUGAAGGCCAUUCAGCCACCAUGUGUGAUUCAAAGCUUCAUCAACCAUAACGCUGUCUUAUACAAAGUCUUUGUAGUUGGAGAGUCAUACACUGUGGUGAAGAGGCCGUCGGUUAAGAACUUCUCGGCAGGCGUUUCAGAUAGAGAAUCAAUAUUUUUCAACAGCCACAACGUAUCAAAACCAGAAUCCUCUUCCAUUCUAACUGCACUUGAUAAGAUAGAAGGUGUCUUUGAGAGGCCAAAUGACGACGUCAUCCGGUCAAUCUCGAAGACAUUGAGGCAAGCACUGGGGAUUUCUCUCUUUGGGAUAGACAUCAUCAUUAACAACCAGACUGGUCAGCAUGCCGUCAUUGAUAUCAAUGCAUUCCCAGGGUAUGAGGGUGUCUCAGAGUUCUUCACGGACCUCCUGAACCACAUAGCUGCCGUCCUGCAGGGCCAGUCUCCGGAGGUGUCCCCGCUAAGCCGUAGCAAGCACCUGGCCGAGCAAACCAGCCUUGUGGGGGAGCGGACAUGCUGUGCGGCCGCAGCCUGCCGGAGCCUGGUGGGCAAAGACCCCUGGAUUGUGGACAGCGAGACCAACAGCUCCGUGAAGCUUCAGCACCAGAGACUAGGCUGUAACUCGGCAGUGUCUCCGAGCUUUCAGCAACACUGUGUUGCCACAUUGGCAACGAAAGCCUCCUCCCAAUAACCCAAUCAGUGCCACAGACUGAGAGAGAGAAAGAGAGAGAAAACUGUAGGCUCAAGGAUCAGGACAGGCUGGUUGGUAAUGCUACUACUAAACAAAACAAAUCUUUGUUGAUUCAACGUGAUUUUGAAAAUGAAAACAAAAUUAGCACUCUGGGUCCACUUCAUCAGAUUCCUAUUGUAGAUCUGUAGUGAAAUUACACACAUGGGUGUGUAUGUCUGUGUGUGUCUGUGUGUGCAUGUGUCUUAAUCACUAGACCUUAAUAUAGGAGGAUGGUUUUUGUAUUCCACCCCACCUCUCUUGCUCCCCUCUUUAUAACUGUUAGUGACGAGGAUCUCAAGGCUAAACCUCAAAGACUGAAUAGGAUGGCGCUGAAAAUGUCUUCAGGUGAAAUUAGCAGCCCCUUUUCUUGGUUCCUUCCCAACACAACGCAAAGAGUAAAGUGAGAGUCUACACAUUUGUCAUUUCUGUGCUACGUGUUUAUUAUUUGUGUACUGAACAAGGUAAAACCUAAAAGCCCAUGUUUGGUGUUCUUCACUUUGACUAGAGCCACCUUCAAACUGUCUCCUGAAUAAGAAAUAUUGAUUAGAUUCUCAUUUACUACUCUGAAAAAUAUAUCCCAUCACCUUGUUAAAUUUCAUAACAGAAGAAGGUUGAUUCAACACUACUGAGGUUGGGAAUCAUAUGGCCCUCGAGAUGAUGUAGGACUGUAACUCCCAAGAGUAAUGAUGAUGGGGGAUGCUUGGAGUUACAUUUCAGAAAUAUCUGGAGGACUUGAUGUUUCUCAUCUCUGACUUAUCUUGCCUCACGGGUUGGGAACAUUAGCAUAUCUGACACAAGGGGUAACCCAGGGAAGUUGUUUAUUUACUGGUCCUUUUUCAUUGUCUGCUGCUUUACUGAUCCUUAAAUUCCAACUAUCUUUGUGACAUGCUCCAUCAUUUCUUCAACAUUGGGCAUUAUCUUUUAGUUAAAAGGUGGAAGGGUUUGUUUUUUAAUGGAGUUCACUCCCCAGAAUCCCACAACCAACCUAGUCAGUGAGUUCUGGGAGUUGCAGUCCAAAAAUAAUUUCUCCAAGGUCGAAUUCCUUCACACUAUUCCAUCCACAUCUCUUGGGUUGAUUAUUUGGGGAUAACUUCGCAAGGACAAGAUAUACUAACCCGUCUUUUGCAGUCCUACCGUAUGUUGACUCAUGUGCAUGCCUAAGCUGUUUAAGGAAAUGCCAUUAAAAGUGUCAUACUUCACCAGGGGAGUGACUGAAUGGGCUUGGAGUCUAUGGACUAGUUUGCACAUUGAUUGAUAUGGCCUUUCUGUGUGAGGCAAGGGACUAUGUGAAUGCACUACACAUCCAUCAGGAUCCAUAGAACAAUAACUAAUGAUGAAAACAGUGAAAUGAGGAGAAGGGUGAUAUGCCUGGGGCCUACUAUGUGUCCUCCAAAUCUUCUCCGAAGGGCUGGGAAACCUUGUGGGGCAAAUUUUCUGUUGUUACAGAUGGCUGGAGAAGGGAGGGGAAAGGAAAAUAAGAGAAGGAAUAGAAGAGGACUCUAUUACGAUAGUGGUUCGUGGCUAGCAUUUUGGAUUUAGACCAGAGGCAGACAAAUAAAAUGUAUAUGGUCUCCUAUCAGGUGCACCUUCCCUCUCCUAUCCCCUCAGGAAAGGUGUUUUUAAUUAUCACUUCUUGUAUAUACAGAAGCAUACAAGAACAACCAUUCCCCUUCAGAUCCUUUUUAGCCUCUCGUUUUGCCCUUAAAAAUGGAUGUUGACUUCCAGUUACUUUUUGUUAGGGAAACUUCCCUAAAAUAUAGCAGCAGAGCAUCCAAAAACAAACAGGAUACAAAAGUUGAGCAUCAGCUCAUUAGCGAGCAGAGCGUGAAGUGCCGUGUGAUGUGGCUGUAAAGAAUUAAGAGCUUAGGAGGUAAAUAUACAGAGUCCAGUCUUUAAAAAAAUCACAAAAGGUUUAUUUCUAAUAAUAAGAAAUAACCACAUGUCUUAAUAAUCAAGAACUGGGUCUGAGCUACUCUAAUACCCAGGUUUCAAGAGAGGGAAAAACUCAAUCACUACAUCUCUCUUGACACACAAGCAGAGAGAGAUCUCAAAGCACACAGCACAUACUCUCAGCACUAAAAUGUAAAAAGGCAGAAAUCAGAUUCAAAAAGCUUGAGUAGAAAAGUAUCCAGAAACAGAGAGGAGAGAAGAAAUAAAUACAUUCCCAACUGUUAUACAGAAGACACGGAAGAGGGGAAACCCUUAAUCUAUACUAAACUAACUACUCCUCAAUGGGGACUUAAGACUUGGGCAGUGUGGAGUUGAAUCCCAACACGUUUAACCUGAGGUGUGUAGUUUGUAGUGCAUCAGAUCCAAAGAUAUCAGAAUUGCCCCUUGGCUCCCCAACUUGCUCAUUCGGAGUCUGGCUGAAGUGCAGCGAUAUGGGCUGUACACAUUACUCUUCCCCUUUGUUUACUUCUUUUUCUUGGGCGAAAAGGAAGCUAUUUAUCAUGUGGAUGUAUAGGCAACAUCAGGUUGUACUUUGUCAGGUUAUACAAUGAAACCUGAGUAUUCCCAGUCCCUCAAACCUGGUAAAAAUGACCCAUUCCUGGAAGUGUAUAACAUAUUACUUUACCCUCCCAUCCCCUUGAUACCAGGUAUUUUUUAAUCUCUGGAAAGGAAAGGAAAGAGAACGAAAAGUGUCUCAUGAAAUUUUGGACUGGAGGAGAGGAAAAUAAGAUUUCCAGAGUCAGUGAAACAAAAGAAAAGUGUUUAUCUAAUCCUUAGGAGUAUAUUUUGUGAGGAAGGAGAGAUAGGAGGGCUAAUAUAUCUACAAAAAUAUUUAAAUUUAAGCAGAAGCCUGUAAUGAACUACAAACAUUAUUAUUCUUUUUAUAUAAAAGGAUAUUCUUAUUUUAAAAUAGAAGUUAGAGAUCAUCAGAUCUUUGUUCUGAAUUCCUAUAUCAAAUUCUGAUCCUAACAAUAUUAAAUAAUUACCUUCCCUACUACUAAAAGUUGACAUUGUGUCAUAACAAAAGUAAGGGCUUGUCUGCCAUAUUUUCCAGCCAGUGGGAUAGAAGUGAAACAUAGGUUGAAUAUGGAUUUGUUAGCUUCUUUGUCAAUCCAUGAGCUAAAAGAACCAACUAAAACCUUUCUUUUCAGCUUGGUUUUGUGUGAAUGCGGGUGUUUGUGCAACACAAGCCAGGACGUCAGGUCGCCCUAGUGCACAUGGCAUCUCUGAAAGCAACUGACUCUCCCUGAAAUAUUUAAUAAGUCAUAAUUAGUUGUCAUCUUGCUUGGAUCACAAAACAAACAUCUUGAAUUAGAAUCAUGCUUCUUGCUUUACAAAAGUGUGAAUUUAGCCCUUGCUUUUGGAGAGCAGUCAGUCUACCAUAUGGCAUUACUACCUUACCAUUUUUUGCAACCAUUAUCCCCACCAUGACACCCUUCAUUUGUUAAAAUGACAAUAUUCAAAUUGGGUUACGAGAUGAGCAUCCCAAAAUAGUUGUUCAGCCCAAUUGAGUAAUGGGAGACAUUUCAGAACUAACUGUUUACAUUAAUCUGAGUAUUGGAUCCAAUUGCAGUGUCCUUAAUGCUGUUUUCUUGUUUUAAUAAUGACUAAAGAAUUUAUUUUAUUGGCUGCCUUCUACAUUUUGGUUGGCUUUAUUUUGCACUGCUUGAUUACUUCAAAAUAAACUACUGAAAUAUAA